UUAAACCCAUUACAUACCAUCCAACCCAAAACAACACAUAGCAGUUUUUUGAUAAUUCAUUACUCAUUAUGGCUAUUGUAUGUUUCCUUCAAAAGCCAUUCCUUCUUUCCAUUCUUUUACUUGUCUUUCUGUUCAACUUCUGCCACUGCUUCCACCCCAAGUCCCUCAAUUUUUCAAAGACACAAUCUGAUUCUGAUUGGGCACCCGCUGGGGCAACAUGGUAUGGUAGUCCCACCGGUGCUGGAAGUGACGGUGGAGCUUGUGGGUAUCAAAAUGCUGUAGACCAACCACCAUUCUCUUCAAUGAUAGCAGCUGGAGGGCCUUCUCUAUACAAAUCUGGAAAAGGAUGUGGAGCCUGUUAUCAGGUGAAAUGCACCUCUAAUUCAGCUUGCUCGGGGAAUCCAGUAACAGUAGUUAUCACAGAUGAGUGUCCUGGAGGCCCUUGUACCUCAGAGUCCGUUCAUUUCGAUUUGAGCGGCACUGCUUUUGGAGCCAUGGCGAUUUCUGGCCAGGCUGAUCAACUGCGUAAUGCCGGAGUUUUGCAGAUUCAAUAUAAAAGGGUUCAGUGCAACUAUCCUGGCAGGAAUUUGGCCUUUCACGUUGAUUCUGGAUCAAACCCCUAUUAUUUUGCAACCUUAGUGGAGUACGAAGACGGAGACGGUGACCUUGCUUCAGUUGAAUUAAAACAGGCGUUAGACACAGACUCAUGGAUUGAGAUGCAACAAUCCUGGGGUGCAGUUUGGAAACUCAACUACGGCUCUGUUCUUCGUGCCCCAUUGUCUCUCCGGCUAACCUCGCUCAAGUCCGGGCAGGCCAUUGUAGCAAGUGACGCAAUUCCUGCUGGUUGGCAGCCCGGAAAAACCUAUCGAUCAGUCGUCAAUUUCUAGUAUUAUUACAUGAUAUGAUAUGAUAUAAUUAUUAGCAUAUGUAUUUCCAUGGAGCAGACUUGUUCAAAUAAGAGUCCACAUGGAAACUCUUGUAAGGCUUUUUAAUCCUUAUGUCAGUUGUGGAAUUGUUUUGCCUACUAGAAGGUUACUUGCCAAAUUGUCAUUCCUUGAAUGGAAGUACUAACUAAGUUUUUCCAAUAUUAUUAA